AACAACAACUACCCCAAUUAUCCAACAAAUUUGCGAGAGGUAUCUCAGUCCCCAGUAAAUUUUAGACAACUUUAUACAUUGGAUAAUACAUCACCUAAACUAGACUAAUCCUCCCUCACUUUACGAAUAUAUAACAUCAUCCUUCUUCAACAUGUGCUUUGGAAAUUCAGAGAGCAAGAAGCCAGCUACCACCCAACCUACACAACCUACACAGCCAGUAGCAGCAGCUAAACCACCUAAAAAGAUUCUUCUCGUAGGUGCUGGUGAUUCUGGAAAGAGUACCAUCUUUAAACAAAUGAGAUUAAUCUAUAAUAAUGGAUUUACAACUGAUGAAAAGGCUAAAGUUAGACCAAUGAUCUAUGAGAACAUUCUCCGUAACAUGAUGGUUCUUAUUCAAGCUACCAAGACACUUUCGCUUCAAAUUUCUACAGAAGAAAAUAGAGAACGUGCCGAAAAGAUUGAAAGUUUAGAACAAAAGAUUCUUCUUGCUCCAGACAGAGUUUGGGAUUCUAAUUUGGCUCAAGAUAUUGCUGAAUUGUGGAAGGAACCAGCCAUUCUUCAAGCCAUGUCGAGAAGAAACGAAUUCCAAAUUGAAGAUUCUGCUUCAUACUACUUUGAUAACUUGGAAAGAAUUGGUCUUUCUGAUUAUAUGCCAAGUGAAGAAGAUGUCGUCAGAGCUAGAAUUAAGACAACUGGUCUUAUUGAACAACCAUUUACUUUCAAGAAUCUUCCAUUCUGUAUGAUCGACGUUGGUGGUCAAAGAACCGAACGUAAAAAGUGGAUUCACCACUUCCAAGGAGUUGAUAGUAUCUUGUUUGUUUGUUCAUUGAGUGAAUUUGACCAAAAAUGUUACGAAGAUGAUACAACUAACAGAAUGAAGGAAAGUUUACAACUCUUUGCUGAUUACAUCAACUCAAAGUGGUUUGCCGAUACUUUAGUUUAUUUGCUUUUCAACAAACACGACUUGUUCUUGAGAAAGAUUGAAAAUGGUGCCAGAUUAGUUGAUACAUUCGAAGAUUAUAAAGGACCAGAAAAUGAUGGAGAAGCUGCUAAAGAUUUUAUCAAGGAAACUUACAAGGAAAAGGAUACUGAAAACAGACUCAGAAAUGUCUUCUUUGUUACUGCUUUGGAUAAAGCCAAUCUGAAGGAACGUCUGGAAGAAAUUGUUGCUGACAUGAUCUCUGCUGAGAACGAUGUCUAAGUGAAGGAAGAAUAAUUUAUCACUGCAUCUAUUUAGAAAAUCCUAAACAUUCUUGUAAUUCAUAUUAAUCCUCACCAAUUUUGCAUUUCCACUCAUUAUAAUCUCACUAAGUUGUAGUUUUAACAAUAAAAAUCCAAAACAAAUUAUUU